GCACCCAAUCAGAAAAACAAAAAAUUAAGCAAAAUCAGAAAUUUCCGUCCAAAACAAACUCACACAUAAACACACCUUCCUCUUCCUUAAAUCUUUCCCCAAAUCCAAAAUUAUUAAACCUAAUCUAAUAUAAUCUAAUCUAAUUCACUUCAAAACGAUGCUCACUCUCAUACCCAUUUGACCAUUACAUGACAAUUAUUUCUUGGGGCUAUUAUAAUUUUACAAUUUUUAAAAGAAUUUGAAAACAUUAUCCGAUCUGGAUUUUGUUUUCCCGAGCUCUAUUUGGAGGCAAACGGGGGCCAGAAAUCUGGCAAAUCUUGGAGGACUGAGGCCGCGUUUGUCUUUGAAGCAAUCCACAUUGGAAUUCGAGAACGUCGACCAAGAGUGUCGGCCUUGGCGCCGGAGAUUGUCUACGUCGAUGGCUUCCAUUACCUGGGCCUCUGCUCUCAGGAUUACUCUCCUUGUUCUCCUGGUUGCCGCCGUUAGUAUUGCUUGUUAUACUCUCCCUGUUGAGAAGAUUUUGAAAGACUUCUUAUUAUGGGUAGAGCAAGAUCUUGGGGCUUGGGGACCCCUUGUGCUGGCUGUUGCGUAUAUUCCUCUCACAAUCCUCGCAGUUCCAGCAUCAGUGCUCACUCUUGGUGGUGGUUAUCUCUUUGGACUGCCUGUGGGGUUUGUUGCUGAUUCAAUUGGUGCCACUGUUGGUGCAGGGGCUGCUUUUCUUCUUGGAAGAACAAUUGGUAGAUCUUUUGUAAUUUCCAAGUUAAAGGAUUAUCCUCAAUUCAGAUCAGUUGCCAUUGCGAUUCAGAGAUCUGGUUUCAAGAUUGUUCUGCUGCUUCGACUUGUUCCACUGCUUCCAUUUAAUAUGUUGAAUUACCUGUUGUCCGUGACUCCUGUCCCUUUAGGGGAAUACAUGCUGGCAUCCUGGAUAGGAAUGAUGCCAAUAACUCUUGCACUAGUAUAUGUUGGAACAACUCUGAAGGAUCUUUCUGAUGUGACCCAUGGCUGGAGCGAGUUUUCAACUACUCGUUGGAUCUGUAUCGUACUGGGCUUUGUCGUAUCUGUGAUUCUAAUGUUUUGUGUGACGAAAGUCGCCAAGAAUGCUUUAGACAAAGCCUUGGCUGAGAAUGAGGAUAUAGAUAGCAUUUUAUCUUCACCGCAGUUACCGAUCGUCGGUGAUCCUUCUUCCGUUGAUCUUAACCAGCCGCUGAUAAUCAAGAUAGACGCACCUCAAGAUGGCCAUGAAAAAUGAAAUUAGUGCUUCCAUGUAAAUUCUUUCCUUAAUCUUUUAGAGGCUGUGCUUCAUAUUUGUUAACUUAGCAUAUGGCCUUGUCAUUUGAUAUCUGUAUAGUCCAAUCAUUUACUACAACAGUGUAGAGGCUGAUCAACAUCUCGGAGAAUAGAUUUUUGGAUUUGACACUUACAAAUGGAAUUCAAAUAAUCAUUAAA